GAUUUGUAAGCAAAGCUUCUCAGCGGUGUAAAACAUACUAUUCUGAAUAACCUAAACGUGCGAAAUUCACAAUAGCACUAUUCGAGAUAUUGACACAACUUAAAUCCAUGAGCGAUGUAGACGUAGUGUAAUGCAUGAACGAAAAAGGCAAUUGACAGUCACAAUUGCCAACCUCUCAUAGAUUUUUCAACCUAUUCAAUACUUCAAUAAAAAUAUAUAAAAAAGGCCGUGAAGCGAAGUUGUAUACAUUCAAGAAUGCAGUUCAGCUAAAAGCGGCUAGAUACUCUACGGAAAAAAUCGUUGUCGGAUGUGGAGCGGUUAGCCGUAAUAGUGCCUCAUAUCAAAGCAAGAAGAUUAGUAAAAGCAGAAUAAUAACUUGCGGGUUUUAUCUGCCCCAAGUUCGCGGUCGAUGAUUGGUACUCUCAUUUUGGUGUCGGGGCACAAGUGCAAUGUUUACUAAGGUACUGCAGUGUACCUGCCAUCUACAUACAGCAGAACACAGUCGAAAAAGCAAUGGAACGUCGUGUUAAGCUUAAGACCAUAAACCCGCACAUAACGUGCAAGAUUUGUGGAGGUUACUUUAUUGAUGCGACAACCGUAACUGAGUGCUUGCAUACAUUUUGUAAAAGUUGUUUGGUAAAACAUUUGGAAGAAAAGAAAACCUGCCCCACCUGCGACAAUGUUAUCCAUCAGUCACAUCCUCUUCAAUAUAUCAGCUUUGACCGAACUAUGCAGGAUAUUGUUUAUAAGCUAGUACCAAAUCUUCAAGAAGGUUGGGUAAAGACCAUACACUAAAGUUUGUUUAUGUGACACGCUGGCGUUUCAGAGAUCCACCACUGCGAUUACAAUUCCGCCCGCGAGUUGACUUGGUGUGAAGCCUUUAAACAUACCGGGUGGCAAAGAGUCAAAAGAGUAACAAUGUUAAGUGAAAUCAAAAGUGAAUGCCAACAUAAAGGGUUUUAAUUAAAAAAAAAAAAAAAAA